CUUUCCGACUUCGUUCGGAUCUAUCUCCGACUUCUUGUCGAUUUGGAGUCCCUGUCAUGUUUGAUAGUCUCUCUGAAGAGUGCUUCGAUUCUGAUCGGCUGAGGAAGAAUUCUGGUGAGCAAAGCAAGUCCAGUCAAUUACUUCUGAUGUUCAUAGCAAAAUGCGAUUGGUACAAGAAAGGCAACAAACGAGUGCUAAUUUUCUUAGAAGGAAGAGAAGAGAGACAAACAAAAGAUACCAACAUUCUCAAUCAAAAGGAAAAAAAAAACAUUAAACCAAGUCAGUAA